AUGGAAUCUAUUCUCUCUGCACAUGAAAUUGGGGGAGGACUUCCCGUUUUGAUCAUUCAUGGAUGGCAGUUGGCGGGAACAGUCGAGGAGGCGGACUUUGAGCCGAUUUUCAGCAAAACACCGGGACUGCGCCGGAUCUACGUGGACCUUCCAGGCAUGGGCACAACCCCUGCGAACAAUGUCAAGGAUCUGGACGACAUGUACCUCCGCCUGGUGCAAUUCAUUGAUUCUCGACUUGGGAGCUCCUCAAGGUUCUUGCUUGUCGGCUCAUCAUGCGGCGGCUACCUUGCACGUGCGAUAGCUCAAAAAUAUUCUGAGCAAGUCGAUGGUUUACUACUACGCGUGCCGCUUAUUGAGCCAAACGACAGCAUGCGCGAUCUCGAUGCUUUCAGCCCUGUGGUUGCGAACACGCAACUCAUGUCGUCGGGCAUAUCAGCCGAAGACAGGAACCUUCUUGGAAACGUCCUCGUCCAAACGCCUGCUUACGUCAAAGCGCUCAAGGCGAAAUACAAGGAGGUUUAUCUUCCAGCGAUGAAAACAGCAGACAUGAAGCUGUUGGAUGCGAUCCGAGCAGACCCACAACGUUAUCAGCUGUCUUUUUCGUUGGAUGAUGACAAUAAUAAUAAUGAAAGGACUGCCAUUACUGCCAAGUUUCUGGCGCCCACGCUUAUUGUAUGUGGACGCCACGACCAGAGCGUGGGCUAUCGAGACAGCCUUCGCUUGCUGGAGCUCUAUCCACGGUCAACUUAUGUGGUUCUAGAUCGUGCUACCCAUGGCCUGCCUGUGGAUGAGACUGGUGUUUUUGAAGCUCUGGUUCGUGAUUGGAUAGUCCGGGUCCAUGAAUGGCGAGGUCGUACGGAGAGAUGA